AUGGAUUCAUUGGCUGUCCUAAAACCAAUCACUGCAAUCCACCAUUUUCCUUCAAAUUCCAUAACUUUUCACCCUUCUCUCCCUCUCUACUCUCAAUUCUCGCGCUUUCGUUUCAAAACCUCACAUUUUGCUGUUGUUAAAAAGAAGCCAAAGGAAAUUCGCUGCGAAUUUGAUAGCAAAGUUAAUGGCUCUCCUCUUUCUUCAGACUUUGACUCUCGUUUCCUUGACAAGCAAAAAGCUUUGGAAGCAGCUAUGAAUGACAUAAAUAACUCAUUUGGAAAGGGGAGUGUUACAAGAUUGGGGAGUGCUGGUGGAGCAUUGGUUGAGACUUUUCCCAGCGGCUGUUUGACGCUUGAUUUUGCCUUAGGUGGAGGGCUCCCAAAAGGGAGAAUUGUAGAGAUAUUUGGUCCAGAAAGUAGUGGAAAGACCACUCUUGCACUCCAUGCAAUCGCAGAAGUGCAGAAGUUCGGAGGCCAUGCAAUGCUUGUUGAUGCAGAGCAUGCAUUUGAUCCAGCAUAUUCAAAAGCAUUGGGAGUGGAUGUAGAAAAUUUGAUUGUCUGUCAACCUGAUAAUGGCGAGAUGGCACUUGAAAUUGCAGAUCGAAUGUGCAGAUCUGGUGCUGUAGAUCUUAUCUGUGUUGAUUCUGUAUCAGCUCUCACUCCACGAGCAGAGAUUGAAGGUGAGAUUGGGAUGCAGCAAAUGGGUUUGCAAGCUCGCCUUAUGAGCCAGGCAUUGCGUAAAAUGUCAGGAAAUGCUUCAAAAGCUGGUUGUACUCUCAUUUUUCUUAAUCAAAUAAGAUAUAAGAUUGGUGUAUAUUAUGGGAAUCCAGAAGUAACAAGUGGAGGGAUUGCUUUAAAGUUUUUUGCCUCAGUUCGUCUUGAAAUUCGUUCUACUGGGAAGAUAAAAUCUGUUAAAGGAGAUGAAGAUGUAGGGGUUCGUGUUCGUGUAAGAGUGCAGAAGAGUAAGGUCUCAAGGCCAUACAAGCAAGCUGAAUUUGAAAUUAUAUUUGGAGAGGGAGUGAGUCAACUGGGUUGCAUUUUGGAUUGUGCCGAGAUGAUGGAUGUUGUCGUAAAGAAAGGUUCUUGGUAUAGCUAUGGGGACCAUAGGUUGGGACAAGGAAGAGACAAAGCAUUACAGUUCUUGAGAGACAACCCUCAUCUUCAGGAGGAAAUAGAGAAGAUAGUUCGGUCCACAAUGAAUGAUGGAACAGUAAAUAUGGGCUCUCCGCAAGUGAGGAACAUGACAUUGCCUCCUCAAGAUGAAAAUAUUUACGAGGAGAUUUGA